CAUACACGCACAGCAGAUACACGCAUAUUCCAUGAAUCCUUAUAUAAACCAAGGUAACCCAACCAAUGCUUAUCUUCAGAAUACAUAUGGACAACAGCAAAACUUUAUGGCCAAUUUGCCACAGGAAUUUAUGGGCAAUUAUACACCUCAAAAAUUAGACGGUACUAUCCCAAGUCCUCAACAACAACAACAACAACAACAACAACAACAACAACAACAGCAAGGUGUAUUUGAUCCACAAACAAACGCUGCUAUUAUGGCAAAUAUGAUUGCAAAAAGGCAGUUAUAUGGACAACAACAGCCUCAACAAGCGUUUAAUGCAUCGACUAGUCCUUCGAUGAUUGGUUCACCAGCAAUGACAUCAGUUGGAAUGCAAAGUCCUCAACAGCAGAGACAGAGUCCUAUGAUGAACACGCCUCAACAGCAACCACAAAUUAUGGGUCAGCUGCCAUUUAACAAUAUGCAGCAACAACAGUGGGCUAAUAAGCAACAGCAACAGAUGGCCAUGCAAAGAAUGGAUGAACAACAGCGUCAACAGUUCAUGAUGUUACAACAGCAACAGCUCUUGCGUAAACAACAACAACAACAACAACAACAACAACAACAACAACAUCAACAUCAUCAACAACAACAUCAACAACAGCAGCAGCAACAGCAGCAGCAACAGCAACAGCAACAACAACAACAAGACUUGCAGUCUCAAGCGCAACAACAGUCAGUGCAGACACCCACCAGUGUAUCAAUGUCACCAAUAACCACCAAUGAACCAAAUGUCGCGUCUGCUGAAGUCAAAUCACCACAAUCACCCACAAUAGCUGCAAAUGAUACCGAAAUAAACUCCAAGAGAGUAGAGGCUAUUUUAACAUUGAAUACCGAGUUGAUUCGUUUAUGUAUCGAAAACCAACGUCUUGGGACAAGUUUAGAGCCAAAUAUAGCAUUAUACCAAGCCAAAUUGCAAUCCAAUCUCACUUAUUUAGCAACAAUGGCUGAUAUUUCCAUGGUUAAACCAGGAGAGGACUAUAAGGCACCUUCUCCUCCAGAUCUUUCUCCUUUACCACCACCAAAGUCAGAUAUUGGAAAAAAAAUACACGAAUUGUUUAAUAUAGCUCAAGGUCUAUUUGAUACCCAGGCUGAUAAACAGAAUGAUUCACCUUUCCUAAAUACUUCUCAACCAUUACAACAGGUCUCGCAAAGCAAUUCACCCAUUACACCAAAUCAAAGAAGCAACAGUAUUGCAUCACAAUUCCAACAACAACAACAACAACAACAACAACAACAACAACAACAGCAGCAACAACAAUUGCAACAGCAACAACAAUUGCAACAGCAGCAACUACUUCGCCAACAAGCAGCAGCCAUGCGUCAACAACAACAACAACAAUUCUUGAAUAAUGCAAACAAAUCCACCAAUGGAAAUAAUAGCAAUAUGAGUAGUCCUACUGCGACUACACCCACAUCUACUGUUGGUAACAAAACACCAAACAUGAUAAUAGAUCAGCAAGCAUUGCUUAGACAAGCACAACAUGCACAAAACAUGAUGCAACAACAACAACAGCAAAUGAGACAACAGCAGUUAAUGGCAAACAUGGGACUUGGUACCAUGUCUUCAACUGCUACUUCUUCUGCUGUAAUGAACAAUGGUUUUAGUCCCAUUCAACAAAAUAUAGAUGGCUCACCCAGCAUGACUUCACCGCCUCAACAACAGCAAAUUAGUCCAAAUGAUUUCUUGGCUGCAAAUGGCAUGAUUAAUCCUAAUGCAAUGAUGAUGAAUCCUAAUGCAUUAAUGCUCAAUAACACAAUGAAUCCUACCAUGUUUAACCCUGUACAAUCAACAACAAUGGUCAAUGAUGAUCCCAACAACUAUAACAAUGUUUUUAUGAUGAUGCAGAGACUUCAACAACAACAACAACAACAACAGCCAUAGCUGUUUCGAUCUCUGAAAUCUUUAUAAUUAAAAUUCCGCAUAACACAGCAAAAACUUGCCGUAUUGUGACGAUAAAAAACAAAGUCAC